UUUUAUUAGGUCAUUGUGCCGAACCGAGCAACUUCACCCCAUAUAUUCCGUAACCUUUUCAUCGUUUUGAAAAUCCCCCUUGAAGUUGUUUCCACCUACGGUUCCUCGGUACGGUCUUAUCAUGGCCCUCCACGAGGCCGGUGGACUGGUCGACCCCACAGCUAGCCUGGUUCCCACCCCAAUUCUUCCUUUAGAGUCGGACUCGCCAACAUCUGCUCCUUCAUUCAUUGAGAAUUCGUCAAGCAUAUCCUCGUCCGGAAAGAAUGAACAAUCCUAUGACUUUAAGCAGGCACUCAGAGACCUCAUGAAACACCGUCAAGAUGAAGGAAUAAAGGACCGUCAACUUGGUGUCAUGUUUAAGGAUCUGCGUGUCGUUGGUGCAGGUUCUCGCACCUCGUUCCAGCCCACGGCGGGCUCACUUUUCCAUCCCUCAACGCUUCUGGCCAAGAUAAGGGAAAUUCGCCAUCCUUCCAUCAGAGAUAUUUUGUCUGGAUUCGAGGGUGUGGUCACUCCUGGCGAAAUGCUGCUGGUCCUUGGCCGUCCCGGCGCAGGGUGCUCGACCUUGCUCAAGACAAUCGCUAACCAACGUGGGGAGUAUCAUGCUGUUGAGGGUCAGAUUUUCUAUGAUUCGUUCACCUCAGAGGAGAUAUAUGACUCCUUCCGCGGCGAUAUUACUUACUGCCCGGAGGACGAUAUCCACUUCCCGACGCUGACCGUCGACCAGACGCUCUCUUUUGCUGUUAGAAACCGUACUCCUGAAACCCGUCUUUCCAACCAGACACGCGAGGACUACGUUGAGGAUACCACCACGAUGCUGAUGAAAGUUCUUGGUCUCUAUCGUUCGAAACACACACUAGUUGGUAAUGCCCAGAUUCAAGGUGUCUCCGGGGGCGAGAGAAAGCGAAUUUCUAUCGCAGAAACUUUAGGCUCUGCAGGUUCACUUGGUGCAUGGGAUAAUUCUACUCGUGGACUAGACUCCUCGACUGCCCUUGAGUUCGUCCGGGCCUUACGUUUUAUCACAGACGCCAGGCGUACAACGACGAUUGUCUCGCUCUACCAGGCGGGCGAGCCAUUAUACGAUCUGUUUGAUAAGGUUUGUGUUAUCGCGGAAGGGAAGAUGGCCUAUUUUGGCCCAGCAAAGUCGGCGAAAGAUUACUUUAUUGGUAUGGGCUUCGAACCGCAAAACAGACAGACUACCCCCGAUUUCUUAGUUGCAGUCACGGAUCCGCACGGGAGGAAGAUCCGCCCUGGAUACGAGAGCUCUGUUCCGCGAACGGCAGAGGAACUUGCUAGCUUUUUCAUGACUUCUGACCUCGGUCGUCAGAAUCAGGAAGCCAUUGAACGGCGCCGCGAGCAAUGGGUUGGCAAUCACGAACACAAGCAGGCAUAUCUGGCCAGCGUGGCCGCUGAACAUGGCAACACAUCUAGCGUGUAUAUGACCUCUACCUUCCAGCAAGUCAAAGUGGUCACGAAGCGCAGCGUGCAAAUCAUCAUUGGUAAUAAGUUCGAGUUCUUUAUGCGACUGGCUUCCCAAAUCUUUCAAGCGAUAAUUAUGGGCACCGUUUUUCUGGACACUCCAAAUGACACCUCUGCCUACUUCUCUCGUGGAGGUGUUCUGUUCUUCUCCCUCUUCUUCAGUGCUAUUACGUCUGUUUCAGAAGUUCCAGCUCUUUUUUUCCAGCGUCCGAUCGUGCUUCGUCACCAGAAAGCCGCGUUAUAUUACCCUUUUAUUCAGAGUCUCGCGCACACCAUAGUGGAUAUUCCGGUCACUUUGAUCGUCCAACUUGUGUUCGCUGUAAUACUCUACUUCCUGGUCGGGUUGCAACGUUCUGCUUCGCAAUUUUUCAUUUUUUACCUUUUCAUCUUCUUAAUGUCACAAACCAUGAAAUCAUUCUUUAGAGCUAUUGCUACAAGUUUUAAAACUCGUCCUAGCGCACUAGCUGUCAGCGGUAUCUUUAUCCUCUUAAUGUCGCUCUAUGGUGGGUACACAGUUCCGUGGCCAACUGCUCCAAAGGGCUUAAGGUGGAUCAUGUGGUUGAAUCCAUUGUGGUGGUCGCUCGGUGGACUUCUUGUGAACGAGUUUCAUACAAUCGACGCAGUUUGCUCCACUCUUGUCCCACAGGGUCCGGGGUAUGAGAAUGUUUCACUAGCAAACCAGGUCUGCACGACUGUCGGGUCGCAGCCCGGACAGCUUCUCGUCGAUGGCAACAUCUAUAUUGCAUUGACGUUUGACGUUUGGUAUAGUCAACUUUGGAGGAAUUUUGGUGUCCUUUGCGCCUUCUACCUUGGGUUCUUGGCCGUUUUCCUGGUUGCCACAGAAUUCAAUACUCUGUCUACUGCAGACAGUGCUGUCGUUCUCUUCAAGCAAGGAACUUGUGCUGUCGAUGGGGAUUCUAAGGUCUUUGACGAGGAAAAGGCUGAUGCAGAGUUUCUUUCUAAACCCCUCUCUGGAGUAGCAAAUCCCUCGACUUCCGUCAAUCUCGAGGAGGUUAAGGACCUCUUCACGUGGCAGCACGUGCAAUAUGACAUCCCCAUUGAAGGAGGGACGAAACGUCUUCUUGAUGAUGUCACGGGCUUUGUUGCUCCUGGAAAACUCACUGCAUUAAUGGGUGAAUCUGGAGCUGGCAAGACAACGCUUUUGAAUGUCCUUGCACAACGUGUCGGUAUUGGUUUGGUAACUGGCGAACGAUUCUUUGGCGGGCAGCCGCUCCCCAUAGACUUCCAAGCUCAGACUGGCUACUGCCAACAACUUGACACCCACCUUCCCGAGGCGACUGUCCGUGAAGCGCUCCUUUUCUCUGCUAAUCUUCGCCAGCCACAAUCAGUUCCUCUCGCUGAGAAAGAAGCAUACGUUGACAAGUGCCUUCAAAUGUGUGGUCUAGAGGAGUAUGCUGAUGCUAUUGUUGGCUCUCUUGGGGUUCAGCACCGUAAACGCACCACCAUUGCAGUGGAGCUCGCUGCCAAGCCCAAACUUCUACUCUUCUUGGAUGAGCCUACAUCUGGCCUUGACUCGCAAUCCGCCUGGGCCAUCGUAAAUGUACUUCGUGAGCUUGCUGACCGUGGUCAGGCUAUUCUCUGCACAAUCCAUCAACCUUCGGCGGAACUCUUCCAGGUCUUUGACAGAUUACUGCUCCUUCGCAAGGGUGGACAGACGGUCUACUUUGGCGACAUUGGCGAGAACUCGUCGACCAUGCUAAAUUACUUUGAGCGUAAUGGUGCUCCACGCUGCGGCUCUGACGAUAAUCCGGCGGAAUACAUGCUUGAUGUCAUAGGUGCUGGGGCAACUGCAGUCUCUACCACUGAUUGGUACAAUGUCUGGAAGUGCUCACAAGAAGCGGCGCAGCUUCAAGACCAUAUCGACGACUUGCAUCAACAGGGUCGUUCUCACCCACAGAAGCUUGGCAAACAGUACUCUGUCUUCACCACCUCAUGGUUGCAUCAGUUCGUUAUGCUCACCCACAGGAAUUUCCAAGCAUACUGGCGCAAUCCUACGUAUAUUCGCGCCAAGUUUAUCCUUAAUAUCGCUGGUGGCCUUCUUGUGGGCUUUACAUUCUUUCAGGCAAAUGACUCGUUGCAAGGCACCCAAAAUAAGCUAUUCUCAGUCUUCCUCUCCCUUGUGCUCUGUGUUCCCCUCGUCCAUCAGCUUAUGGCUGUCUACAUCGACAUUCGCACAGUGUACGAGGUACGCGAACGUCCCACUAGAAUGUAUAACUGGACUGCUCUCGUCAUGUCCCAGCUUGUCGCUGAGCUUCCUUGGAAUAUCACAAGUUCAGCAAUAUUCUUUUUGUGCUGGUACUGGACCGUUGGAUACCCUACAGGCCGGGCUGGUUACACGUUCCUCGCCCUCUCCAUCGCCUUCCCGUUCUACUAUACCACGCUUGGACAUGGUAUCGCAUCCAUGGCACCAACCGCUCCAGUUGCAUCCAUAUACUUCACAACUCUCGUUAUCUUCAUGCUGAUCUUUGAUGGCGUCGUUCAGCCGUUCUUCGAGCUGAACUGGUGGAAAUGGAUGUACAGGGCCUCUCCCUUCACGUACAUAAUCCAGGGCCUUCUUGGUCAAGCUGUUGGCGGUCAAACCAUUAUCUGCUCCUCUACGGAACUAGUCUCCGUGAACCCGCCGAUGGGUAUGACCUGCAGCGAGUACAUGGAUCCGUUUCUCAAAUUCGCUGGUGGCUACCUCACAAACCCCGGAGCUGCAGAGGGCUGCCAGUACUGUCCCUACAAGACCACUGACGAGUAUAUGUACUCGAGGUUCAACAUUGAAUACAGUGAUCACUGGCGAAACCUGGGCAUUAUCUUUGCAUUCGCUGCGUUUAAUAUCAUUGCGAUCUUCUGGCUCACGUAUUCAAUGCGCAUUCGCAGUGUUAGCGUGUUUACUUCUCUUAAGCAGAGGUUAGCUCGUGGCAAAUUACGUUAGAUUCGUUUGCAUCGUACUGCAUUCGAUCCUGCCCUUCCGACUCCAGCGCCGCAGUACUCACAUAGAGCUCACUUAAUACCACCAGGAUGU